UCACGAUCUUCAUAUAUUGCUUCUCAUCACUCUGUUUUCUUUAUUGGUUUACCAUUUGUUUAAUCACUUUUUGGAUAGACGUAUGUCGUGUACAUGGGGGAUCUCCUGAAGGGAAUCGAAGUCACAGAAUUGCAUCACAUGAGCAUGGUUCAAGGAGUCCUUGGGAGAAACUUUGCACCAGAAGCUUUGGUCCACAGCUACAGGAAGAGUUUCAAUGGCUUUGCGGCGAGGCUAACAAAAGAGGAAGCCAAAAGAGUGGGCGGAAUGGAUGGUAUAAUCUCUAUGUUUGAAAGCAAAAGGCACAAGGCCCAAACAACGAGGUCGUGGGACUUCAUAGGGUUCCCACAGCAAGUCAACAGAGCAAGUUUGGAGAGCGACCUCAUCGUCGGAGUAAUCGAUUACGGAAUUUGGCCAGAGUCUCACAGCUUUAAGGAUCAAGGUUUCGGUCCGCCGCCCAGAAAGUCGAAGGGCUCUUGCCAAAACUUCACUUGCAAUAACAAGAUAGUAGGCGCAAAAUACUUUGUAGGGCAUGGGUUUCCCAUCAAAGAUGAUAUUGGAUCACCAAGGGAUACAGAUGGCCACGGCACUCACUGUGCAUCCACAGCAGCAGGAAACUGGGUUAACUCAGCGAGUUGUCAUGACUCGGAAAUUCUGGCAGCAUUUGACGAAGCAAUCUCUGAUGGCGUCGACAUACUUUCUGUAUCACUCGGCGAAACCUCGGUGAUCCAUCCUAACUUGUUUCGGGACGUAUAUGCCAUUGGAUCUUUCCAUGCAAUGAAGAAUGGCAUUUUAACCUCAAUUGCUGUCGGCAACUCCGGUCCUGAGUUGUUCACCAUGACUAGUUUUGCCCCCUGGUCGCUUUCAGUGGCUGCUUCCACUAUUGAUAGAAAGUUUUUCACCAGGCUUCAGUUGGGAAAUGGCAUGGUUUUUGAGGGAGUUUCGGUGAAUACAUUUGAUCUUCAUAAUAAAACGUAUCCUUUGAUUUAUUCUGGAGAUGCACCCAAUAUCACCGGUGGUUUUAACAGUUCCAUAUCAAGGUAUUAA